CUGGGCUGCUGUCCCAGGGACGGUGGUGUCCGGGCCUCCGUGCAGCGGGAGAUCAGGCGGCCGGAGCGCAGCCCCAGCCCGGGAGGUGCAGCCUCGGCCCCGGGAGGUGCAGCCCAGCCGGGUGUUUGUGCCCAGGGCUCCUGGGCCGCGUCAAAGCGAGUCUGGCAGGCUGGUUUUGUUUCCCCGGCAGCUGGAUUUCCUUCAGCCCUUACAGAUGGAGCGGUGUGGUCUGAGGAGAGAGAUCUGCAAUGGACUGGAGGGAUAGCGGGGAACUUCCAGUGUUGGAGGGAAGACUGGUACAAGGAUUGACUUCUUUCUUUCUUCUCUCUAAUGAUUGCAGCAAGCGCUCGCAGCACGGCCCUUUGUCAAUUCCCGAGAAAACUCCAAAAGCAAAGCACUUGUUCUGCUGCCAGCAUCCUCAAUUAUCCUUGGUGAAAUCCAUCAGUGCAGCCUGACAGACCUUUCCUAAUGCAAUGGGAAGGAUGCCGUGAGGCCUGCUAAGACUUGGCCAUAGCCAUGACAGAGCCCCACAGGGUUUCGUUCACCACUCUGCAUGGCCCACUGAGCAGCAGCUUCCUGAAAAGGUCUCGGAAGGACGAUGGAGAGCAGCCCCCGGAGCCCGAGCCAGCGGCCACGGCCGUGCGGAUCACCCUGACCCUCUUCGAGCCAGACCACAAACGCUGCCCGGAGUUCUUCUACCCAGAUCUCCUCAAGAGCUGCAGAGGGAAAGUGAAAGGGGGUUCUUCAGGUGACAAGAAGAAAGAUCUGGCUGAUCCCUUCAAUGAUGAGGAAAAGGAAAGGCAUAAAGUGGAGGCUCUUGCUAGGAAGUUUGAAGAAAAAUAUGGUGGCAAGAGGCGCAGGAAGGACCGGAUUCAGGAUUUGAUUGAUAUGGGGUAUGGCUAUGAUGAGUCCGACUCCUUCAUCGACAACUCGGAAGCUUAUGAUGAGCUGGUUCCUGCCUCUCUCACUACGAAGUAUGGAGGGUUUUACAUCAACUCAGGAACGCUGCAGUUCCGGCAGGCCUCUGAGUCUGAGGAUGACUAUGUCAAAGAGAAGAAGAAGAAGUGUCCCAAGAAGCGGAAGUUGAAAGAUGGGGGUGAAAAAAUAAAGAAGAAGAAGAAGGAUGAUUCUUAUGACAAGGAAAAGAAAUCAAAGAAGUCCAAGUUUCCAAAAGCUGGCUUCACAGCAUUAAAUGCAAGUAAGGAGAAGAAGAAGAAGAAAUACUCUGGAGCUCUCAGUGUCAAGGAGAUGCUGAAAAAGUUUCAGAAGGAGAAGGAUGCUCAGAAGAAAAAAGAUGAAGAGCAGAAAGUGGUGACUCCUUCCCCAGUAGACCCUGCAGCCCCAAGGGAGGCAGAGGCCAUGGCAGACCCUCUGCUGUCCCUCUUUGGCCACGCCAGUGACAGUGACCUGCUCCAGGCAGCCACAGCCAUGGACUCCUUGAGCGAGCUGGAGCUGGAGCGGCUCCUCAGCGAGUCCCCGGAGGGCAGUCCCUUCCCCGAGGUGGACGAUGGCAGCGACCCUGGUGGCACAGGCUUGGAGCAGGAGUUCAAGCAGCCACCAUCCCUCCCAGAAGGGCUCCCAGCCCCACUGGAGAAACGCAUCAAGGAACUGGCUCAGGCUGCCAGAGCUGCUGAGGGAGAAGGCAAGCAGAGAUUCUUCACUCAGGACAUCAACAACAUCAUACUGGACAUCGAGCUGCAGACACGGGAGCUGAGCAGCCAGGUACGCUCGGGGGUCUACGCUCACCUGGCCGCCUUCUUCCCCUGCAGCAAGGACACCCUGCUCAAGCGAGCCCGCAGGCUCUACCUCUACGAGCAGGGUGGCCGACUGAAGGAGCCUCUGCAGAAGUUGAAGGAAGCCAUUGGAAGGGCCAUGCCAGAGCAGGUGGCCAAGUACCAGGAGGAAUGCCAAGCCCAUACUCAGGCCAAGUUUUCCAAGAUGCUGGAAGAAGAAAAAGACAAAGAACAGCGAGUUUGUUCUGAUGAUGAUGAGGAUGAAGAAAAGGGAGGGAAGCGAGUCGCGGGCCCACGGAAGAAAUUCCAGUGGAAUGAUGAAAUCAGGGGUCUGCUUUGCCACUUGGUGAAGAUUAAGUUGGAUGGUUAUGUCCUUGACAAGAAUAAGGCUCAGUCUCUAGAGGAUUACGUGAAGACCUUCCUAGAAGGAGAGGUGAAGCCCCUUUGGCCAAAAGGCUGGAUGCAGGCCAGGACACUGUUUAAGGAGAGCAGGCGUGUACACGGACACCUCACAUCAGUCCUGUCGAAGAAGAAAGUUAUAGCUCCUACUAAGGUGAAAGUGAAGGACUCUUCCUGCAAGCCAGACAAGAAGCUGUCGGUGUCUGUCCCUUCCCUGCACUCGAGCAGCACCUUGGCCUUGUCCUCAGAGCCCCAGGGAGGAGCCCUAGGCAUCAGUGCCCAAACCAGGGAACUCUUGUCCCUUGGGACAGCCCAAGCUGCCAGCAGCACUGCCACUCCUGCCACCUUCAAGGAUGACUCUUUGGAUGAGGACUUGAUUCACAACCCCACCUCUUCCCUGGAAGCUGUGUCCAAGGAACUGGCUGUGCUAAAUAGCAGGGCAGCAGAGAGCCCUGACUUUACUCUUCCUGCAGCUCCAAAAGCUCCACCAGAGAAGAUCCCAACUCUUGCAUCCUCAGAGGAGAAGAGGACAUUUCCAAAGCCCAACCCUUCCCCUACAUCAUCCUCUGGUUCCCUCCAGUCUCCUCUAAACUUCCUAGCUGAGCAGGCCCUGGCUUUGGGCCAGUCUUCUCAAGACAAGAAGACAGAGAACUCUAAUUACAAAGAGCAUUCCUGCCAAGCCUCCCCCAGCAAAAUCCUUCCUGACACCCACCAGGCUAAACAGAAGCACCACAGCCUGGUCAGGCCUGGCCACGGGCCGCCGGCCUCGACGCCGGUGCCGGGCUCUCAGGUGAAGGUGUUCCACCCUGGUGCUCAGCUCCAGAAAACCUUCACCUCCCCAGCUGCCUUUGUCAAACUGCAGAAUCCCAAGUCCUCCACCCCUCUGCCCCAGCGCUCCCUCCUCCAGCAGGUCAAGUCAUCAACCAAAGCUCAGAGCUUCCAUUCCUCCACGUCCCCAAGCAGCACCCAAAACUCCAGCAGCUCCCACAAGAGCCAAGGCUUGUCCUCAUCAUCUCUGAGCUACGCCGGGAAGCACUCGAGUGGCUCCGGCUCUUCAGGACAAUCUUACAAAUCGCCUUUCGUCGCUGGGUCCCUCUCCAAGCACGGGGCUUCUUCCAGCAGCUCCUCCUCUGGAGCUUCUGCCAACCAGGGCAGUUCCUCUGGGACUUUGCUGCCCAACGUUCCGGCCCCUUCCCCGGGCUCAGCCUCCAGCCGCCCGGCCUCCGGCUCCUCCGUGAAGAAAACUCCCGUUUCCCAGAAGCUGACCCUGGUGGCACCUCCUGGGGGCUCCAAUGGAGAUUCCAGUGGGGGCACCCAGGGGGUGGCCAAGUUGCUGACCUCGUCCCUAAAGCCAGCUGUGGUCAGCAGCACCACAGCCUCUACCUCUGUGCCGAAAGGAACUAGUGGAGCUGUGCUGCUAACGAGUUCUUCCUCCUUAAGUGUACUGGCUCCAUCCUACAAGUCCAACAACCCAAAGCUGCCAGCUGCUCUGAGCUCCACCCCGUUAGGUAUUAUCUCUCCUAUUCAUUCUUUCCCUCUCCAUGUCAUCUCCUUCAGUUCCGACUCCUCCCCAAAAGCAGGAGUUUCCAAGGAUGCAAUAGUUACGGGACCUGCUCCAGGAACUUUCCACCACGGCCUCGGGCACAGUCUUCUGGCUGGUUUGCACUCCAGCCCCCACCAUGCAGCGCCACUCCCACACUCUGCCCUGUCCACUCAUUUACCACAGAGUUUGCCAGAUGCUUCUCAGCUUCACGGCAAAGGGUCCAAUGCACAGCAGCGCAAGUUGUGACACCUGCAAGGAGGGGAGCUCCAGCACCCAUAGGAUAAAAUCCAGAGGAACAGGUCAUGGACUUUGGAUACCAGCUGUGUCUUUUGAUUUCUUUUUGGUUUUUUUUCUAUUUCUUUUUUUUUUAUGACAACUGGAGAGACUGAACUGCAACAAGGAACUCAUUGGGGGGUCUGCUCAGAGGCUUUCAGAGCUGAGCCCCACACAUGGGGCCACCUUGAGCCAUGCCCCGAUGAGAGGAGCCUUUUGUAGCACUGUUUUAUUGCUGCUGCCCUUCCUGCAUUCCCUGGCACUGGCAGAAGCUGGAACUGGCAGGGAGGCUCAGGUGGUCCUGCAGUGGAUUCCCACCCACCUGUGUCUGUAGCUGCCAAGUACCUCCAAGUCCAGUUACCUUCUUGGUCUCCCCCUGGAGGGUAUGAAAGGUGCUUCUUUCUUCUGCUUUGGAUUUACUUGGAUAAUUCUAGCACUGCCAGUGCUUUCUUGAAGACAUUUGAGUAACUUUCCAAUUGUACUAUAAAACUGUGCUACACUUAAUUGGAGGAUUUAACAUUUCCUGUGUGGUGAGUCUGAGGAACCACCUGAUGUUCCCCUCUGGAGGAGACAGAAGACUCUUUAGAGACUAAAGACAUUUUUAGAUUCAAUCAUCGACUUUCAGAAUUCUACUUCUUUUGAGUUUUUGGACUUUUUUCCCCUCCAAAGGGAUGCUUUUUUUCCUGCUCAGUUUUAUCCUCAUUGCCAUUGAAUGCAUUGGAUUGAAUGGGACACUUCUUAGCAUGUCACAUGGAUCGGAAGACAUAAUUCCAGUGCCUUUUAUGGUGGAGCAAGAAUGGACUAGUGACACACAUUUCAACCCUAUUUUGUGUGCUCCUCAACCCUUUUUUAAUCAUUCUGUAUUUAAAAUGUACUCUGGUUUAUUUAAUAGAGCUUUUUAUGGUUGCACAUCAGAAAGAAAAAAAAAAAAGGAAAAAAAAGCUGCACUGUCUGGACUUCAGUGGUGACCUGGUGACUGAGCACAGUCCCAAAUCCAGCAGGAGCACUAGUUCUCAUCCCAGUAUGUGCAGGCGGGUUCCAGGCCCUCCCCUAAAGCCAUUCUUUCCUAGGGUUGUGAGUUAGGAUCAAUUUGGUGGGCAGAGGGAAUGAGCCAGAUGAACCAAUGUCCCAUGUCAAAUGAAUUCCAGAGAAAACCACUGCUCUCCUUAAUGGUACCUGCACCAGGAUCAUGUGCUCAGCACAGCUGCAGGAACAGGGACCAUCUACAAUUGGGGGGUGUCUUUUCUUGUUCGUUUUUUCUUAAUUUUAGACCUAAAUACUCCCCCUGCACACCCCCUUUCAGGCUAAGGGCAGGCUGAGGCUCCACCUGAACUUUCUGAGGUUUGGUUUCCUGCUCUGCCCAGUCUGUCUUCUCUCAGGCCCCCACAGCCACAUCCCAGUUGUGCAGUGAUAGUGCUGAUCCACAUAGAAUUUACUGGUAUUCCAAGGAAAAGCUUGUAGCUUCCUCCUUGAGCUUUGGGAAAGGAUGCUGACCCCAGGAUACCAGCAAAUGUCUGCUUUAGUUUCCUCUGUUUUUUGUUAAGAUCUGAGAAAGACUGUUUUCAGUUUGAACUGAUGCAUAACUGCCCAAGAAUCAGUGAGUUGAUUGUAUUUCACAUUAAUGGAUACAGCUCAGAUUUCAAGUCUGUUUACAGAAAAUACCUAGGUUGUAGCAAAAGAGCCAAAGAGAACUCGCGUGGUAAAACGAAGCACAGCAUUUCUUAGUGGACUCUGAGCAGCGGAUGUCGCAUGGUUCCUGUUGAAGGCCUCGUCCUGAGGGGUGCUUGGCACCUUCACCUUCCCCUGGGAGCUGAAAGGUUGGGACACCUGGCAGGAUAGGGGCUCUCAGCGAGUGACUCGAGGUACUGGUUCUCCUCCCUCUUUGCUUUCACUUGAAUGCUUCUGCUGGGAAGCCCCGGUGUGCGCGGCCAGAGCAGAAUGCCCUCCUUCUAGGAAUUUAGCGAAGCCUCUUGCCUCAGGGAAAUGUUUAUGUGGUGGAAAUUCUGUGGGAUAUUUUUUCUUUACAUGCUAUAAUGAAUGAGUGAGUGGUGUGGAGCAGAGUGGCAGCACGGCAGGCCCACGCAGAGCAGCUGAUGGGGAGCCAGGCUGGCACCUCUGCCUUGGGGAGGCAACUUGCAGCGCUUCCAGGAUGGAAUGGGGAGGGAUAGGCUCCCAUGGCACUUACCUGGGGAUGGCAGUUCCUUUUGGGUGUAAGAGCUGCAGUUUACUAUUCUAUUUUUUUUUAUGUGUGUUGGCACUGUCUUGCUGAAGAUGGUGGGGGUGGUAUG